CCGACCCGCCAGGCCCCGCGCGGCUCGGAUCCGGCGGCGCUGCUUCGGCCGGGAGUGGGUGGGGGAGAAGCCGGGGCAGGGGAGGAGCCGCCGGAGCUGUCGGAGCCGUGACACCCAGGGCAUCCUCACUCAGAAGCCACAAGGAAUGCUAGUGGAGUCCCUCAUCCCUCCUCCCAACUUCUCUUCCAAGCUGCCCCAUGGGCCUUGAUCCAGAAAGCCACUUCAGAAAGCUGUACUUCUUUUGAACUCUUUCCAUAAACCAUAUUACAGUAGACAGUUCAAGGGAACAGCCAGGUUUACUACGAUGUGAGGCACUCUUGGGCUUUACGAACUGUACAGAUGAGGUCCCUUGGGAGAAAUUCCUCGAGGUCCCCAGGCUCAGACUGGAGGUUAAUGACAGUGUGAGCUCUAAAUGGUGUGAGACCACCCCAGAACCAGAAAAUGGCUACAGCCUUGGAACCAGAGGACCAGGAUCUUUGGGAAGAAGAGGGAAUACUUAUGGUGAAAUUGGAAGAUGAUUUCACCUGUAGGCCAGAGUCUGUCUUACAGAGGGAUGACCCUGUGCUGGAGACCUCGCACCAGAACUUCCGAUGCUUUCGCUACCAGGAAGCAGCAAGCCCUCGAGAAGCUCUCAUUCGACUCCGAGAACUUUGUCAUCAGUGGCUGAGGCCAGAGAGGCGGACCAAGGAGCAGAUCCUAGAGCUGCUUGUGCUAGAACAGUUCCUUACCGUCCUGCCUGGAGAACUGCAGAGCUGGGUGCGGGGCCAGCGACCAGAGAGUGGCGAGGAGGCAGUGACGCUGGUGGAGGGUUUGCAGAAACAACCCAGGAGACCAAGGCGGUGGGUGACUGUCCAUGUUCAUGGCCAGGAAGUCCUUUCAGAGGAAACAGUGCAUCCGGGAGUAGAGCCUGAGUCACCUACGGAGCUGCAGGAUCCUGUGCAGACCUCGACCCCUGAGGAGUCCCAUGAAGAGAUGACACAGAGCCCAGAUCUGGAGCCACCAGAAGAGCAGAGCCCAUGCCAUGAAUUGGAGUUCCAGCCCCUGCAGGAGAGUGAAGUUCCAUUGCCGCAGGACCCAGACCUUCCUGAAGAGAGGAACAAUGGAAACCAAGAGAUGGUUGCCCUUCUUACUGCUCUGUCACAGGGGUUGGUAACCUUCAAGGAUGUGGCUGUGUGCUUCUCUCAGGACCAGUGGAGUGAUCUGGAUCCAACACAGAAAGAGUUCUAUGGAGAAUAUGUCUUGGAGGAAGACUGUGGAAUUGUGGUCUCCUUGUCAUUUCCAAUCCCCAGACUAGAUGAGAUCUCCCAUGUUAGAGAAGAAGAGCCUUUGGUCCCAGAUAUCCCAGAGCCUCAAGAGUCUCAAGAGCCAGAAAUCCUGAGUUUUACCUACACAGGAGACAGGAGUGAAGAUGAGGAAGACUAUCUUGAGCAAGAAGAGCUGAGUUUGGAGGAUCUGCACAGGUCUGUUUUGGGAGAUCCAGAAAUUCAUCAGACUCCAGAUUGGGAAAUCGUCUUUGAGGAUGAUCCAGGUAGACUUAAUGAAAGAAGAUUUGGUACAAAUAUUUCUCAAGUUAAUAGUUUAACAAAUCUUCGGGAAACAAUGCCUAUCCAUCCCCUGUUAGGGAGACAUCAUGACUGUCCUGUAUGUGGAAAAAGUUUCACUUGUAACUCGCACCUUGUUAGACACCUGAGAACUCACACAGGAGAGAAACCCUAUAAAUGUAUGGAGUGUGGGAAAAGUUACACACGGAGCUCACAUCUUGCCAGGCACCAAAAGGUGCACAAAAUGGGCACUCCUUAUAAAUUUCCCCUAAACCGGAAGAAUUUGGAUGAGACCUCUCCUCGGGUCCAGGCUGAGAGAACUCCACCUGUUGAAAAACCCUAUAGAUGUGAGGAUUGUGGGAAACACUUCCGUUGGACUUCAGACCUUGUCAGGCAUCAGAGGACACAUACAGGAGAAAAACCCUUCUUCUGUACUAUUUGUGGCAAAAGCUUCAGCCAGAAAUCUGUGCUAACAACACACCAAAGAAUCCACCUUGGAGGCAAACCCUACUUGUGUGGAGAGUGUGGAGAGGACUUCAGUGACCACAGGCGAUACUUGGCACACCGGAAAACACACGCCGCUGAGGAGCUCUAUCUCUGCAGCGAGUGUGGGCGGUGCUUCAACCAUAGCGCGGCAUUUGCAAAGCACCUGAGAGGACAUGCCUCGGUGAGGCCCUGCCGAUGCAAUGAAUGUGGGAAAAGCUUCAGUCGGAGGGACCACCUCGUCAGGCAUCAAAGAACGCACACUGGCGAGAAGCCAUUCACGUGCCCUACCUGUGGGAAAAGCUUCAGCAGAGGCUAUCACUUAAUCAGGCAUCAGAGGACCCACUCAGAAAAGACCUCCUAGCUAGGUCCCCAAGUGAGGAGAUCUGCAUUCAGCCUUUACCCGUGGACGGGCCAGGAGAAGCGCUCUCGUCAGCCUGGGAAGACCUUUUCUAGGGAGUCUCCCUGACUUGCCCCAAUCUGCAUAACCUCUUCCCACAACUAAAUCAAACCCCCAGGUAGAACCUCUCAAUCUUCUUCUGCUCCUUGAGGGGAUUUUUUGCCCAAAGUACAACCUGAAUUGAGGCUUCUCCUUAAUGGGAGUGCUCCUGCCUCUACCUCAUGGGUAUGAAGUAGGAGAAUUAGAAGACUUAAGAGCUUGUGGUUGUUAUAUUUUCCCCAAAAUAGCCUGUUACAUAUCCUAAAGACUCCUUAACAGCCAAGUUUAAAGGGGCCCAGGACAAACCUUAGGUUUGGCAAGGGACCAGCCUUUAGGAUUCUGUCCUUACUGGGCUCAAAUCUUAAAGCACACAGCCCUGAACUCAAGGCAGGAGAUUUGCAUCCUGAUGGCUUUGCGGCACAUUCACAGGAUAAGUGUACAAAUCUCUCACUGAUUCACUUCUUCACCAUGCACUUUCCUUUGAUACUGGGGAGAGAGGGGAGAAGUGUUUGAUGGGUGAAAACCUCACGGCUGCUUCCUGUGGACCUUGUCAGGCUGCUCCCCUCCCCAGUCUCAACAUGACACCGGGUGCCAGACACGGCUAGAAAGGAGGACCUAGUCAGAAGCCUGUUCCCUGUGGGUUUUUCCUGUUAGAACACUCAUGCCUCCCCUUCUGCUGUCCUGCCAGUCUCUUGGUUUUGUCCCUAGCACUUCUACAAGUGAGCUGGAGCAUUUAGGUGCCGAGGGAUUCCGUGAAGCAUAUUGAAAUCAUUUACAUCCUCACGUAUGUACAAGCCCACCUACCGCACCUUCUGCAUGGGUUUGUGAGGGGAUUUUGGAACACCGUCAGCUUACAAAGGCACUAUAAUAAUUACAGAAUCAUGAUUGACCAGGUCCCUUCAUUUCUAUGAAGAAAACUGGAGAAGAUCUGAGAUCAAAUUGUGGAAAAAUUAAGAAAAGCUGUUGCUGCUGGCUAAGGCCAUCAAGACUAUUCUCCUGACACCCAAGCCCCAUCAUCCCUGCCUCGGUUCUCUGAUACCAGGGAAAAUUAUGAACCCCAGUACCUGGGACACUCAAGAAUUUACCAGGAGUAAAUGGCUUUCAUGUU